AUGUGCAUGGUGAAGUACGUAGCUGGGAUGAUUGCUGUUGACACCGCUUUGUUUGCAUGCCGCAUUCGCAAACAUCGAACGACACAAAUGAGUCCAUUUUUCAUGGUGUAUGGUCAAGACCCCAAGUUACCUGGUGAUCCAUUGCGUCCUCUUAUUACUGCUGAUGAACCACAAGAUGAUCCCCAAGCACAUGUUUCAGGAUUACACAGCAUGAAUGGUGACUUAAUACAAGUCUUGGGUGCACUGAUCGUUUACGUCCAUUCAUCAACAAGGCCGAUGGUAAUCACGACGUGGUACGAUCCCACUGCUACGAGAGCACGUUGGCGCCAACUUGCCGAUGCUGCCAACAUUGUUAUUUCCGUGUUGGUCGAGGGCGACCAAGAUUUUCGGGAGGGGUAUUUGUCGUAG